AUGCCGGCCGCCGAAUCCCCCGUUGUGUCUUCAGAGUCCGGUCUUGUCAAAAUGGAAGACCGGAAGAGGCCUGCCGCAGAUAACAAUGAUUCGGCCCCGCCUUUAAAGAAGCAGGCGACCACCGCGAAUGGGGCCGCCAAGCCCCAUCCGGAUGCUGAUAUGCCCUGGAAAGACGACCUGGAGCGCGUCCAAAAAGAUGCGAUAAUGCGCCAGAUGCACGAAUACAAGCGAGAGAAGCAAACUUUAGAGUCGCGAUUGAGUCAGAUGUCAAAGAAAGCGGCGCAUUAUAAUGAUCAUCUUCGUGUCAUCGAUUCCUGGUUCAACCAGUUGAUCGAUGAAGUGAAGAUCCUCCUGGGCUCGGAGGAUGUCAAAGAGUCGGGGUUCAAAAGCUCACUCCAGUUUGAAGACGCCGAAGGCUUCGAGUCGCAUCUGAACUCCAGGUCGGAAGAUAUCCGCCAAAUCAUCAACCACUUUCAAUCUAAAUUGGCUGAUGUUUCUCCUGAUAUUACAACACUUCAGAGCAAAUUGGCUCGGAAACUUGCUGAAGAGAAGGUCACAGUCGCCGAAUUGGACAAGGCCCUGGCCGAAAAGCAACAGCUGGAGGAGAGCCUAGAGGCAGCGUCUCUGCGGUACAUGGUCGCUGAGAAGAAACUUGAUCGCGCGAGGAGCUUGACAGCUACGAAGUUGGACAAACAAUAUAUUAUGGGCGGAAACCGACCGAAUAUUGAAGCCGUGCCAACGAAACGCGAGGAAUCCUCACCUGCGAACGGUGGCACCCCCGUCGGAGAUCGCAGCGGAGAGUUAGAAGAAGCCAAUAAUAAGCUGAGAGUUGUUUCGGAUAAGCAGAAGGAACAAUUGCAGAAGUUGGAGGCAGAAAAUACUAGCUUGCUCCGUCAAUCUACUGAGCUUAAGGUCAAGUUUUCUAAACUUACCGACGAUGAUUAUGCGCACACGGAUCUCUUCAAACAAUUGCGAUCACAGUAUGAGGAUGUCGUGAAGCGCAUUAACCAUCUCGAAGCCACGAACGUCCAACUUCGCGAGGAGGCCGAGAAAUACCGCUCGGAAAGAACUGCAUACAAGACGCAGGUGGACGAGGAAGCGCAAAGCACUGUUGCCGAAAAAGAGGCUCAACUUGAAAGAGCGGAAACCGACCUGGCGCGGAUACGAAAUGCACGUGACGAGCUCCUGGCCGAUCAGCAGAUGCGUAAGGCCGCACAAGAUCAAGAAAAGACGGCCAGUAUCAAAUUUCAAGAACUGGCAGAUGCUCGAGAGGCUCGGAUUACAGCUUUGGAGUCAGAGAUCGAGAGGCUGCGCCUGCAGAUUGAUGGACCAAAGGCCUCUGAAGAUGUGACUCAGAUGCCGCUUGAGGAACUCCAGACUAAGUAUUCCAGUUUGGAGCGUCAAUAUUCUAUGCUGAAUACUGAGUUGACCUCCAUGCAAACUGCUUACAAGAAGUUCUCUACCUUAGCGUCCCAAAAGGUGACGGACUUUGGUGCUUUAGAAGAGAAGGUUGCGCGGUUGACAGCUGAGAAGUCAAAGGCUGACCAGAAGUAUUUUGCUGCUAUGAAGAGCAAGGAAGCCCGUGAUGUUGAAGUGCGCACCCUUCGUGUGCAGAAUUCAAAGACCUCUGAUAUCGUCUCACAGUUGAAGGAGGCAGAAUCUGCGGCCCGCUCAUUACUAUCCAACAUGGACAAGCAAUUGAGUGAAACCAAAGAGGCCCUCAAUUCAGCGCUCAACAAGCACCGGGCUACUCAGCAACAACUGAACGAGAGUAACAUUCUGGUGGAGGGCUUGAGGAACCAAGUGUCCGAGUUGAAAGCCCUUUCCAAUUCCAAGGACGCGACUCUCGGGAGCACCUCAUCUGCCCUGCGCCAGGCAGAAACCGAGAUCGCUGGCCUCAAACAGACUCUCGCCGACACCAACAAAAAUCUGGAGAGUUGGAAAGGAAAGAGUCUCGGCAACUCCUCUUCGGAAUACGAAAUGCUGAGGUCACUGGUCCUGUGCACCGUGUGUCGCCGCAAUUUCAAGGAUACGGUGAUCAAGACGUGCGGUCAUACUCUUUGCAAGGACUGUGUUGAAGAACGUCUCACUUCACGAUCACGCAAAUGUCCCAACUGCAACAAAUCAUUUGGAAGCAAUGACCACAUGCACAUCACCCUCUGA